AUGGCGGGACCAGAGUUCGAGGGAGACCUCCUCAUCCUCCCUCACAGGGAAGCUUGCAUCCUCCCGACAAUUGCAUCGAACGGUCCUCCUAGCCCGUUCAAUAUUGAUAUAUUUACUGACGCGUCAUUUUCUAUGACCAAGGGAUGUCAGGGUUCAUCGAAGCCAUCAAAUCCCGCGGGCGUCGCCGUCUUCUGGAAGCCGUGGCCAGGCCUAUUGGUACGGGACCCAUGGCACUCGCGAGCCUUCCAGCUUCUGGCGUGUCGCGACAGUAGAGAAGCGGAGCUCUUUGCCGUCGUCACGGGGCUCGAGACGGCCGCGCUGCUGGCGCAUCUCAUGCCGGAGCUGAGACGGGUGACGGUCUUCACGGACUGCCAGGAUAGCAUUCACACACUGAUGGCGGCUGCUGCGAAAGCCUCUGACCCACUCGUCAAGCGCGCCGUUGCCGCAUCCGUCGAACUCGUUGCCAGAGGCGUCAGGGUUCUCGUGCGUUGGUGUCCCGGCCACGUCGCCAUUGAGGGGAACGAGAAGGCCAACGGCCUGGCACGUGAGGUCCGCUAUUAUAACUUCAGGCACUUGGUGCCCAAAGAGCAGCCGGACUCGCUGGCUGGGUAUGAGAUUCCAGAAGAGUAUUUGGAAAGGGCACGCCGCGGAGACUGGUGGAAGGAUGAUACUUUGAGACAAUAA